UGAGGCUUGCUGGGCCCAGGACGAUCAUUUCCCUCGACAAACUGACGGCGGCAGUGGUGAUGGAGGUGGAUUAGCUCAUGGCAAAAGGGAGGCGGGCGGCACCGUCAAACCCAGCAGACAGUGGCAACACAAACCAAGCCAGGCUUGCGGGCAGAAGAAUUACGUGACACUGAUUGGGAAUGGUGAGUGAGAGCUCCAGAGCGGGGAAAGAAGAAAAAGCCACAGUCGAGAGUCUCCGGAGCUGUUAAUGCAACAUGAUCCAAGGGGUCUCGCACUAAAUAUACCACUGAGUGGCACCUACCUCGCUCCUGCAUCACCAGGUGUCUCCACAGUUGAAUUAGUAUCACGGUGAGAAUGAAAAACUCCGAAGGGGACACGUCCCCGAAGAAGGGGGCAAGGGAAGCGGCCCCGAGUCCCGGCGUCCCAUCCAAACGCUCCAAAGUCAGCCCGGAGCGAGCGCCCUCCGAGCCCCGAGGACCGGCUCAUCCCAGCCCGACGCCGCCGGUUUUCACGCGCAAAAUGCGUAACGCCGCCGUGGGGACGGGUUGCGACAUCCGGCUGAAGGUGACCGUGUGCGGAGACCCCCAGCCUUCGCUGUACUGGUACCACAACGACGAGCUCCUCAACAUGGAAAACCAGGAAUACGGAGGCCUCUGGAUUCGGGAUUGCAAGCCCAGCGAUGCCGGCCUCUACACCUGCAUUGCCAAUAACCGUCUGGGAGAGGUCCGCAGCAGUGCCGUACUGGCCGUCUUGGAUCUGGGCGAAGAAUCGGACAGCAGUGAGGACGAAGAAGACCAAUUUGAGACCAACGGAAAUCGUGAGGACCAUGCAGUGCACACAGUGAUGGAUAAGGAUGCAGACAAUGAAAGCAGAACACAUGAAGAUUUCACGAAAGCAAGGUGCCAGUCAAAUGAUUCUCAAAGAGGUUCUCCACCAGAGGUUCUCCCACCCCCGUCCCCAAGACUCGUCAAACGUGCCCCCACCUCUCCAAUGCCAAGUCGCUCUGGUUCAACAACACCCCUCAGCUUGCGCAAGAAAGUUGCUGUGCCAGCAGAAUACCAAGACACGGUGCCCGCGGAGUUUGAAGAAAAAGUUAAAACGCCCAAAUCCCAAAACAAUACCCAGGAUUCACGACCACAAACUCCACUGAGCGAGUACUCCCGCAAAGAGUUGACCACUAGACCAUCCCCGAAGCUUACCAGGGCCAGUUCAAAGGUUUUUGAGAAGGUCCGUGAUUUGGAAGAGAGAAGGCGAAGCCUGGAAUUGCCCGAGGGUUCCGUUUCCGGGAGAUCCUGGGCAGGGUUCAAUCGAGCCAGUUCCGUCGACUCGGAUGACGGAGGAAGCCGCUUGGGGAUUUCCAGAGAAAGUUCCAGGGAAGACCUGAGAGAGGCUCUCAAAGAAGAUGCGGCCGAACGGAGAUCAAUGUUCAGACAGAGGGCUGCGUCCCUCGAGGAGAAACCUCGCUAUUCUCAAAAGGUACAGGACAUUGAGAACAAGUUCACUGAGGAGCUACAGCGUAUCAAGAAGCUUGUUGGUAAACCCCAUUUGAAGAAGUCCUUUUCCACAGAGCAGCUUACUUUGAAGGCCAGGCAACGUCAGCCUUUCAGGAAAAUUGAACCUAUACCUCCACAGGUCCUUCAAAGACUCCAAGAAAGGGAACAAGCUCAGUGGGCAAAAGAGCAAAAAGAACCCAAUCCGGGACAGCAACGGCAUUCCCGAAUCCAAAACAGUCCGAGUCCAGGUAACACAAACGGAAAAGACUCCACAGAGUCAAUGCAGUUGUCAGACUUGCCGGGAGUACGCUCACUUCGAGACUUCAGUCGAAUCAGCCCAGUUACUGAGAUAAUUCAAAGGUCAUCGUCACCAGCGAUAUUCCAGCAACAAAUGGAAGACACUCGUUUAGAAACGACUGCACAAAAACUUGAAAAGAGGCCCCCAAGUCCGCUCGUACAAAGGGGGAGCCAAGAAUGUCCGCAUAGUCCUGAACUUCCAACGCAACGCAGUGAGACAUCUGGGAGAACCACACCGGUAGAAGUAACGUUGAGAAAAGUAGAAAGCAGGCCCGAAAGUCCGCUUGUUCAAAAAUGUGCCGUCCCUGCUCAAGAUGUCAGUCAGCAAACACCCACCAAGCCCACUAGGAUGAAGGAAGCUGAUCCACGGGAGGAAAAAACAGAGGUGGCUCUCCGAAAACAAGCCCCAAAUAUAUGCAUCCCUACAAUUGUUGUGGAGGGGGAAGAUGUUGCCAUGGAGACAAAGGAACGGCAACAGGUCAAAGGACGGCAGCACAAGACCAAAGUCAAGCAUCGUCGCCCACGACCAAUGUCUCCUGAAAUGGAUUCCUCCGACGAUUCCUACGUGUCUGCCGAAGAGGACCCGAUGGAAGCGCCCGUGUUUGAGUCUCCUCUUCGAGAUACGAUCGCCAAUUGUGGCUCGGAUGUGCUACUGAAAUGUCACAUUUCCGGCACGCCCGUUCCUGAAGUCACGUGGACAAAAGAUACGAUGGAGGUCACCGGCCUUUGGAAUUACGCCGUCAAGGUUGAAGGAGAACGACACAGCCUACUGAUAAAAUCGGCACAAAUGAGCGACAGUGGAAGCUUCUGCGUCACGGCUGUCAACCAGGAGGGCAAAGUAACCAGCAGCGCUACGCUCACAAUGAAAGCAGAUCCCAUUCAUGAGCCCAAGGGCAUCCUGGGGGUUCCCAUGGACAUCGGCAGCCCCAUCACAUCCGACGAGGAGUACCUCAGCCCCCUGGAGGAAGUCAUGGAUUUCAGUUCGCGACAACCCAGGAGGUCACUUGACACCAAAUUCAAGAAACCUCCAGCGUUUCUGGUAACAAUGACGGAUCAAGUCGUUGUUGAAGGACAGGAAGUCACCAUGUUUGUACGAAUCAGCGGUCAACCACAACCUUUGUUGUAUUGGUUGAGAGACAGAGUCACGGUCAAGAGUGGCCCACGCCAUCUUGUGCGGGAGACGGAGAACGGCACUUUUGAAAUGACCAUCAAGUCCGCCCUGAAGUCAGACUCGGGGAUCUACACCUGCAAGAUCGUCAAUGAGUUUGGAACAAAACAGUGUGAAGGGAAGUUGGACGUCAAAGCACCAGAAAUCGAGCCAAGCUUGGCUGUCAUCCGCCCGGUGAAAGACGUCACAGCGAACGCGGGCGAGACUGUGCUGUUUGAGUGUCACGUCGUCGGGCCGCAAGACACGGACGUGGACUGGCUGGCCGACGGGAAACUCAUCCAGCCGGCGUUGCUCAACUGCAAAAUGCACUUUGAUGGAAGGAAAAGUCGCCUGCUGCUUAACUCGGUGCACGAGGAUGACAGCGGGACAUACACUUGCAAGCUGAGCACAGCCAAAGAGGAAAUGACUUCCUGUGGGAAACUAAGCGUGAUUCCCUCAAUUGAGCCGCUCUUUACUCGCAAUCUGGAUGUUCUGGAAGUCAUCGAGGGCCGCAACGCUCGAUUUGACUGCAAAGUCAGUGGGACCCCGCCCCCUAAGGUCAUCUGGACUCACUUUGCAGAUCACCCGCUCACCGAGAGUGAGGAUGUCCAUAUUCUUCGGGAGAACGGGCGUCACUCCCUCAUCCUCUCUCACGUGACCAAUGACGACGAAGGUUUCUAUACAGUGACGGCCACGAACAGUCACGGAGAGGCCGAAUGUUCUGCCGAACUGUACAUACAAGAGCCACGGCCGGCCAUCUCCUCACAGAUGGCUAAACUGGAGAAGAUGCCAUCCAUACCAGAGGAGCCCGAGGUCCCUGAGAAUGAAGUUGAGCGUUUCACAAUGCCCGACUUCAUCAAGCCCCUCUACGAUCUGGACGUCAUUGAGGGAAAGGAGGCGCUUCUCAAAUGUAAAGUGGCUGGUUUGCCAUAUCCCACCAUUGCCUGGUUCCACAACGGCAAAAGAAUCGAAAGCACCGAGGACCGAAAGAUGACGCAGUUUCGCGAUGUCCACAGUCUGGUCAUCCGCUCAGUGUGUCACACGCAUGCUGGGGUCUACAAGAGCGUCAUCUCCAACAAAAUUGGCAAAGCUACUUGCUACGCUCAUCUCUACGUUACAGAUAUCCUCCCUGAUCCUCCUGACGGGACUCCAGUGAUAGAAUCCAUCACUGGUAAAGUGAUUACCCUUAGCUGGAAGAAGCCAAGGAGACUGGACCCAUCCAUUGAGCCAAGCUCCUUGAUGUACGCCAUCCAGCAACAAGCCCUGGGCUCCAUCCAAUGGACGAUCAUCGCAUCCGGCCUGACGGACACCACUCACACCAUCAGCACACUGUCCAAAGGUGUGCGCUAUUCCUUCAGGGUUUUGAGCAUCACCUCCAAGGCCUUUAGCAAGCCCUCGCCUGCCACAGAGCCGGUGCAACUGCUGGACCGAGGUCCCUAUCUUCAAGAAGCUCCCGUGAUUAUUGAUAAGCCAGACUUUGUAUACGUGAUGGAAAACCAGUCCGUGACCAUCACCAUCACGAUCAAUCACGUCAAUGCCGUCACCAUCUGGAAAAGGAGGGGAGUGGUGUUGAACGACAAGAGGGGCGUGUACGAAAUGACAAUGCCAGAUGACGAUCAGCACACUCUGACGCUGACCAAAGUGAAGAGCGCCGACGUUGGCGAGUUGAUGUUUGUGGCGUCCAACAAGCAUGGGAGUGACAGCUGCACGUUCAGCGUGGAAAUAGCAGCUCCCCCAACAUUUGAAACCAUAAUGGAGGAUAUUGACAUUUGCGCCGGGGAGUCACCUCGCUUUGCUGUGGUUGUGGAGGGCCGGCCCAUCCCCGACAUCCUCUGGUUCAAGAGCGAUAUUUUGCUCUCGGAGGGAAGCCAUUUCACGUUUGUGUACGACGAUAACGAAUGUUCCCUGGUGGUCCUCAACGCUCGCCCCGAGGAUUCAGGAGUGUACACCUGCACCGCGAGGAACUCGGCAGGUUCCGUGUCCUGUAAAGCCGAACUCACCGUUCAUGAAGUUUUGAGCAAAGAGGAGCCGAUGGAAGACGAGGCUACCAUUUUGAGGAAAAUGCGACGACUGACUGACCAUUAUGACAUUCACCAAGAAAUUAGAAGGGGUGCUUUUUCCUAUGUAAAACGCGUGAGCCAGAAAGUGGACAAAACCGAGUACGCCGCCAAGUUCAUCUCCACACGAGCCAAGAAGAAAAGCUCAGCUCUGCGAGAGAUGAGCCUCCUCUCCAAGAUGGACCACGAGCGAAUUGUCUUCCUGCACGAUGCCUUUGAGAAGAAGAACAUCAUCAUCAUCAUCACUGAACUAUGCCACGAGGAGAUUCUGGAUAGAUUCACACGGAAAGCUACACUCAUGGAGUCUGAUGUACGUUCGUGUAUUAGACAGUUGCUGGAUGGAGUGGAUUAUCUUCAUCAUCUUAACAUCAUGCACCUGGAUCUCAAGCCUGACAACAUCCUUGUGGCAGACGCGCACAGUGAUCAGCUCCGAAUCUGUGACUUUGGCAAUGCGCUGGAGAUCACCCCGGACGAGGCUCAAUAUUGCAAAUACGGCACACCCGAAUUUGUUGCGCCCGAAAUUGUUAACCAGACUCCUGUGUACAAGGCAACUGAUAUCUGGUCUGUUGGAGUUAUUGCAUACCUCUGUCUGACAGGAGUUUCUCCAUUUGCUGGUGAAAAUGACCGCAGCUCCGUGCUGAACAUCAGGAACUACAAUGUUGCCUUUGAGGAAAACAUGUUUGCUAAUCUUUCACGAGAAGCCAAAGGUUUCAUCAUUAAACUGCUUGUAGCAGACAAACUGAGACCUGAUACUCAAGAAUGUCUCAGACAUCCCUGGUUCAAGACUCUCAGUAAGGGCUCAGUUCUAAAUACAGAGGCACUGAAGAAGUUUGUAUCUCGCAGAAAAUGGCAGCGCUCGAUAAUCAGCUACAAGUCUAAAAUGGUCAUGAGGUCCAUUCCUGAGCUGCUGAAUGAUUCUUCAAGUCACAUCUCCAUCGCAGUUCCGAGACACCUUAAAGACUCUUCGCCUAUGCCGUCCUCAUCCUCUGAUUCCGAUGAAGACAUUGAUGAACUUCCUUUCAUUCCAAUGCCACUCAACAUGGAGUUCUCUGGAUCAAGGAUGUCACUGAAUGACAUUCCAACCAAUGAUAAAGACACGGGAAAACAAAAUGGAACAUGUAAACAGUCUGUGUCUGCUCCCCAGGAGACAGCAAAACACGAUGCAGUCGAAAGGAACAAAGACAAGCUUGGGUUGACGGAUGAAAGCCGGCAACACGAAAGAACAGCAAAAGAAGAUGAUAUGGGUUCCCCAGGUGAAGAACUACCUGCUGAGCUGCCUGAGAAAACUCUGAAAAGAAAGCCUCUGCAACGAGGGUCCAGCCUGGAAUCAGACAAACCUGAGAGCGUGAGACGAAAAGGAGAGCUCAGACGUGGAGGCUCAGCUGACAGUGCUUUGCUUCUUCGGAUCACGCCAGAGGAAGGCGUUUCAGAAGGAAACCAAGAGGGUGGCAGAAAGCUUCUCAGGAAAGCCGCCUCCAUGGAACUGCCAAAGCGGAGCGCCAGUCCCGGAACUAUCAAGAUGAGUCAAGAAGAUUAUGCUCUGAAACUAGAGCUGAUGAGGCAACGAUUGCUCCGUGGGGGAUCCGUGGACAAAAAGAUGAGUGGACUGCGAGGUCCCCUAUUAGAAACGUUAGGAAUGGGUGAGGAAAAAGGCGCAAUCUCCUCAGAUCGUUACUCCCGCAACACCCGCCUUGGACCCGCUUCACUGACGAGAGCGGCAUCGAGUGACUCGCCCAGGGACGACAUUGCCAAAGCCAAGGUAUUGAGCAAAAGCGCUUCCUUCAGUCAAGGAGAUUCCGAACCAAUCGCCUUACACAGAAGGUCGGGAGCUCCCCUCGAGAUUCCUUUGGCACAGGUGGAAGAGCGACGACUGAAGGAAGCUAUAUCCAUGUCAGCUCUCACCGAGCAAACCAAGCUAGACUCCCGCCCAGUGACUCCUCGAGAGCUUUCACCAAAAUCGUCCACGCCGGAGCAUGUCCCGCAGGACAGUCCCAUUAAAACCGAAAGCGAGGAAUCAUUAAAGGAGCAAGAGAAUGCAUCUGAGGAAACUCUCAGCGGAAAGACAGACACGGUGGUUACAGACCGUAAUUUUGAUGAGAGGUCAAGCACAAGCAGCUUCUCAGAGAAGGAAGUGCUGGUUGAGGCAGACGUCGUGAACCACAUUGCAACCUCACCAAGUGUCACGGUGCAAAUACCUGAAAUACAAGCAAAUGUGGAGAAAGAGCUAGAAACAAAAGAGCAGAAAGAAAAGGAACAGACAAUGAAUGGUGAGGAAAGAACGGAAGCUGUCGAUGAAGAAAAUGAAUCUGAAGAAAGGUUACAAGAGAAUGAAAUAACUUGUGAUGAAUCAUCAGAGAUCAUGACCUCAAGCUCACUGACCACAAGACUAACACAAGUGGAACAGAAGAAUACGCUGACCGCUCAUGCACCGCCUUAUCCAGCACCCUCACCCCCUGCACAGGCGGUUCUUCCCGAUGGAAGGACUUCAGCAUAUGCUAGCAUCAUGCAGACCAUCAUGGUCCCUUGCCUUCAACCUCUUGAAGUCCUCAAUGCCCCAUCAGCUCCUGCGUCAACGGAUCGCUUUGAAACGGCAUCAUUGCCGACCAAACCACACGUUGUGUCAACGACCGAGCAUCCGGCCGUCUACUCUCGAGUGGCCUCGCCCGAAACCAUAGCAAAAGAGCCUAGUCCGCCAAAGACCACCGCACAUUCCUCUCCUCCCUUUGCAGGAGUGGACCUAGAAGACAUUUCCUCUGAAGAAGUUUUUGAGGCCCGCUUCAAAAAACGUGACUCUUCCUUGACAAGGACUUUGAAAUUUUUGUCUCGGUCAAAGAAUGAGGACAAAUCACAUGUAAAGUCUUCAACAGAGACAGGUGAGGUGAUAUACAGGCCCGGUCCACAGGGUGCCCCACUGGAAUUGGCACAGAGGAAGCUUGAGGAAAAGUCCAAAUCGGUCCAGGAUCUUCGUGAAGCUCAGAAGGACCAAGGUUUUAUGAGGAGGCUUUCACUGCGCCUGAAAAGAACUCCUUCAACCGAACGCAAAGAGGAAGUGACCAAGGAAGAAGAUUCGGUGCCGUCAAGACGUAGGUUGUCUUGGACACUUGGAAGAAGAGGAUCACAAGAUAAGAAGGAAGUGGAGAUGAUGCGCAUGGAUGAUGGACCUGAUAAAAAAGAGGAAAAGGAGGCUAAAAAGUCCACUGACUCUCCAGUCUUGACGAUGCGGAGGAAGAUUGAAUCCACAGUUGCCGGUAUCUCAACCAGAAUCCGCAGCUACUCUGAAGAAAGAAAAGGGAUGGAAGAGAAGGAGCCAAAGAAGACGCCAAUUCUUUCCAUGCUUCGUCGCGCAACAUCAGAAAACCGUGGCGUAAAGGUUCCCACUGUUCCCCAGAACCAGUUGGUGUCUCAGGCCAGUAAUGGGGCCUCAUCUGAGUCACUGGACUCAAUGUCCAGCUUCAAGUCAGACGCCUCAAAGGGUGUCGAAGGAGAGCGAAGAUCUCGUUGGGAUCGAUGGGGUCUGACCCGAGGGAGACGAUCCAAGGCCGUAUCACAACCAGAUAUACCCACGGCCAUCUCCAGAGAAACCGGUUCCCAGCCAUCGCGCCAGUACUCCAGGCUGGUGGCCGAUUUUCCUCCAGUGUUCCACAUUAAACUAAGAGACCAUGUCCUGCUUGAGGGAGAUCCAGUGACACUCAGUUGCCUGCCUGCAGGAAGCCCUCAUCCCCACAUCACCUGGAUGAAAGAUAAGAAACCCCUGGAGAUAGACUCAAGGAUGAACAUGAUAGCGUGCCCCGAUGGCAGGCAGCUUCUGAUGAUCAUGCAGACCACCAAAAAGGAUGCGGGGGUUUACGAAUGUGUUGCCACAAGCCCCCUGGCUUCUGCUUCCAGUUCUUGCACAAUCUCCCUUGCACGUCUGCCCAAUCGUCCCGGUACACCCGAGAUCCCUCAGAAGUACAACAACACAGCUUUGGUGCUGUGGAGACCCUCCGACACGACCGCACCCUGCACAUAUUCUUUGGAGAGAAGGACUGAAGGAGAGAGCAACUGGCUGAUGGUGGCCACAGGGAUAGCAGACUGUUACUAUAAUGUAGUUGAUUUACCAGCAGGGGGCGCUUUCAGAUUUAGGGUGGCUUGUGUCAACAAGGCUGGCCAAGGUCCGUACAGCAACCUCUCUGAAGUUGCGCGACUGGCUGCUUCAGAACCAAUUGAGUCCAGUCCACCAGUGGUGGUCAAGACUGGCUCGGCUUCAGGGGCUUCGACCCCUGUGUUGAAGAUGUCAUCCAUGAAAAUCCCACCGAUGAAAUUGGCUCCAAGUAAAACCCCAACGCAGACACCCGUCUCGAUGCAGACACCCGUCUCGAUGCAGACACCCGCCUCGACGCAGACACCCGCCUUGACACCCGGCCAGAUGCAGACACCCUCCCCAACGGCUGCCCCACCUGCCCCUCCAACUUGUCCUGCACCGUCAGAUAAAUCCCCAUCCCUGAAAAGCGUCCAGCCGGCAGCGCAAUUUGAAAUGAAGCAGACGCAAGCCGUGACGGCAGCCCCUUCAGAAGCAGGACCAGCUUUGACCAAUACGACCGUGCAAACUACAGCAGGCAAAGCAAAGUCGGUGCUGAGCAUCAGUGUGGGCAAACCCCAAGCCAAGCCAACAACUCCGCCUGUCAUUCCACCCAAACCCCAGACCCCCGUAAAGGUGACCAUUACCACCAAUGCUCCUAUUCCUGUAACUCCACCCGCCCCCGUCAUUGGGAAACCCAUCUCCUCUGUGCCGACGUACGCGCCGACUGCCAGCGCUCUUGUUACGCCGUCUUCUCAAUCCAGCGUCACGCCGCCAACCACCACGGCUGCAGUCUCUGUUGUUAAAGUCUCCACGCCGGUGGUGGUGUUGCAAAGCUUGACACCCGGGGGGGACAGUCGCGGUACCCCGUCGGGGCGGAUCACCCCGUCGGGAAGGAUUACCCCGUCGGGACGGGCUACACCCUCUGGAAGAAGGACGCCGCUUGGCAAGGCUGGGGAGGGAUAUCUGCGCCAGGGAGUUCCUCAGAAACCCUACACGUUCAUGGAUGAGAAAGCAAGGGGCCGCUUCGGCGUGAUCCGAGAGUGCCGUGAAAAUGCCACGGGAAACCUCUUCAUGGCCAAGAUCGUGCCUUACGAAGCCGACACCAAGCAGGCGGUGCUGCAGGAGUACGACGUCCUCAAAUCGCUUCAUCACGACAGGAUCAUGGCGCUGCACGAGGCUUACGUCACACCGCGCUACCUGGUGCUGAUCUCAGAGUUCUGUAGCGGCAAAGAGAUGCUCCGAAGCCUCGUUGACAGGUUCCGUUACUCGGAGGAAGACGUGGUGAGCUACAUCGUACAGAUCCUUCAGGGGUUGGACUACCUCCACACCAGAAGAAUUCUCCACCUGGACAUUAAGCCCGAGAACGUCAUGGUCACGCAUAUGAACGUGAUCAAGAUCAUUGAUUUUGGCAGCGCUCAUAACUUCAACCCACUUUUCCUCAAGCAGUUUAGCCCACCCGUCGGAACGCUGGAGUGCAUGUCUCCAGAGAUGUUGAAAGGGGACGUGGUGGGCCCCCCAGCAGACAUCUGGAGCGUGGGUGUGCUCACUUUCAUUAUGUUGAGUGGCAGGUCGCCUUUCAUGGAAAAUGAUCCCCAGCAGACGGAGAUGAAAAUUCAUGCUGCAAAGUUUGAUCUCUCCAAACUCUACCAAAACGUGUCCCAAAGUGCCUCACUGUUCCUCAAGAAGAUCCUCUGUAGCUAUCCUUGGGCCCGGCCCUCCAUCAAGGACUGCUUCAAUAACCCUUGGCUUCAGGACGCCUACCUGAUGCGUCUCCGUCGGCAGACUCUCACCUUCACAACCGGCCGUCUCAAGGAAUACCUGACCGAGCAGCAGCACAGGCGAGAGGCGGUGGCGACUCAGCAUAAAGUUCUCCUUCGAUCCUACCAGAGUUCUCCACAAACCCCGACCAGUCCCGUCGUACCGGCUCUGCCGACUUCCCCCUUGCCCCAGUAGUAGUAGUGGGUAGGCUUCUGAACAGAUGUUGACCUUGAGGAACAUCAAGAGGAAUAGCCACAGCGUUGGACGUUGGGCUGCUCGCCAAUGGCAAGAUUUUGGCUCUGAUUUGGCAAAUGGCAUAAAAUGCCCGGCAACACGUCACCGAGAUCCUUUUCUCGGUUGGUUGGUUAGCUAUCUUGGUGUCUCACAGGACGUUACCUCAGUGUUUGGAACUUUGAAGGCAUUUUUGGUGAAAUGCUGAAAUGAUCACAUGCAAAUGACGUGCUGUAAACGUUGCUUCAUUUAACGGUGAUACAGUGAAAGACAAUUCUUUAUCCGUGCAAAACGGGUCAUUUGAAAUAUCGGCACACUUUGUUUGGUUUUCAAAAUGUGCACUGAGCAUAUAUUUGUGGACGUUCCUCAAGGGCGAGUUACUUCGAUGAAGAUUUUGACUCUCAAUUGGAAUGCAAAAAAAUGAGAAUCUCAGGAGAUGUAUUUAUUUUGAAUAAAAAUAGUUACAAUUUGCUCUGGUUAUAUUGCUCCGAGUGGCGGGAGUCGAACAAACACCUUUGUGGCUUCCAUCUCACAGAUACGCUGAUUUCAAAUCGACCUUUCACGUCCGGAAUUCAUGGAAAUGUACAAUGGAGUGCAAAUGUGUUGAAUGUACGUAAAAUGGACAACCAAAAUUUCAAGAUGGUUUUUAACUGACGGUAAAGAACAGCGAGUAAGUGCUUUGCUUCCAGCUUUGGUCUGCAGCCUUCCUGUGUGGGCUUGGGGCUUCGUCACAAACAUUGCAUUUUAAUUGAGUGAAUGUCAGUAGGAAUGAUUGUUUGCCUGCCUGUAUGUCCACUGCCGUGGAGUGACAAGCUGACCAUAGAGCAACCCAGUCAGCUGGGAUAAGCUCCAGCUCAUCUGCUGAGAUCAAAAAUGGCAUCAUCUGCUGAGAUCGAAAAUAGCAUCAUCUGUUGCUCACGGACAAAAGGUGCAUAUUCAGCCAAAAGAAUGCCGUUUUCAGUUCCAAUCUUCAAGCCUCGGCAAUGUAAUGAUUGACGUAUGUACUGUAAAAUCUGACAGCAGGGUAGACGAUCCACAUUUUGUAUGAAAUGCUCUUCUGUAUUUUGUGGACAGUGCGUUGCGGUGCCUCAUGACGGAUGUUAAACUCUGAGUUCCUUAAACCGAUGAAUUGUUUGCUACCAGGACUCUUCUGAAUGUGACUUCUCUCUGUGUGUGGUUCACAGUUGUUUGUUUAUUUAUUGAGUGACUGUUUCGGCUUCUGCUUUGGAUUUUUGUGACUUGUUUUGGCAUGAUAGAAAGAAGGCUAUGCAAUAAAGACAUUUGGAGCAUAUUCAUGAGCUCA